AAAAAUGUAAUCUUGAGUGGGGGACCCGUCGCUUAAACUUCGGAUUGAAAUGAAUGGAGCGCCGUGUGCUCUCCAAUUCCAGCCGAGCGCCGCCCGCGAAGCGCCAUUUUGAAAGUGUAAAGCCUGGAGGAGGUAGAUGCGAGGGAAAUCUCAAAGUGGAGUGCAAAGUCUGCAAACCAGUACUGGACGCUGUGCGUUGGAGUUUCCUUGUUAAAAAAGUAGCUUUGCGUUUUAAGUGCCUGUUAUACCGAGGGCAUUUUGGAGUUAGUAACAGCUUCAAUCUUCCACUGGUCCUCGGUCAGAACCACCCCGACCGACCCGGGUCAGCAACACUGCUAUAGUCCACGGCCUGAACCUGUUACAGAGAGCCCAGUCUAUCACCAUGGCAGGUAAAAGAAAACUGUCAGAACGGCCCGGUGGUGGGAGCAGCGAUGUGCAAUGGUGCUUCUCUCAAGUCAAAGGAGCGAUGGAUGAUGAUGUGGCUGAAGCUGACAUCAUAUCUACUGUUGAAUUCAAUCACACGGGGGAGCUUCUCGCCACGGGGGACAAAGGAGGUCGUGUUGUCAUCUUUCAGCAGGAGCCAGAGAGUAAGAAUCAGCCUCAGUGCAGAGGAGAGUACAACGUUUAUAGCACCUUCCAGAGCCACGAGCCUGAGUUCGACUACCUGAAAAGUCUUGAGAUUGAAGAGAAGAUCAACAAGAUUCGAUGGUUACCUCAAAAGAAUGCAGCACAGUUCCUUUUGUCCACAAAUGAUAAAACCAUCAAGCUGUGGAAAAUUAGUGAGCGCGACAAGAGACCAGAGGGCUACAAUUUGAAGGAAGAAGAUGGGCGAUACAGAGAUCCCAAUACUGUCACAACACUACGGGUACCGGUGUUGAGGCCCAUGGACCUGAUGGUGGAGGCCAGCCCCAGACGAGUGUUUGCAAACGCUCACACGUACCAUAUCAACUCCAUAUCAGUCAACAGUGACCAUGAGACCUAUCUGUCUGCAGAUGACCUGCGCAUAAACCUCUGGCAUCUGGAGAUCACUGAUCGCAGCUUUAAUAUUGUUGACAUAAAGCCAGCCAAUAUGGAGGAGCUGACGGAAGUCAUCACGGCUGCAGAGUUCCACCCCGACCAGUGUAACACUUUUGUUUACAGCAGCAGCAAGGGAACCAUCCGCCUGUGUGAUAUGAGGGCAUCAGCACUGUGUGACCAGCAUACCAAAAUGUUUGAGGAGCCAGAAGAUCCGAACAACCGUUCAUUCUUUUCCGAAAUCAUCUCAUCCAUCUCCGAUGUCAAGUUCAGCCACAGCGGACGCUACAUGAUGACGCGAGACUAUCUGUCUGUCAAAAUUUGGGACCUGAACAUGGAAUCCCGACCAGUAGAGACGUAUCAGGUGCACGAAUACCUCAGGAGUAAGUUGUGUUCACUUUACGAGAAUGACUGCAUUUUCGACAAGUUUGAAUGCUGCUGGAAUGGCAACGACAGCGUUGUGAUGACUGGUUCCUACAACAACUUCUUCAGGAUGUUUGACAGGGACUACCGACAGGACGUAACCUUCGAGGCGUCGCGGGAAAACAGCAAGCCGCGAUCGGUCCUGAAGCCACGCAAAAUAAGCACAGGUGGGAAGCGCAAAAAGGAUGAGAUCAGUGUAGACAGUCUGGACUUUAACAAGAAGAUCCUGCACACUGCCUGGCAUCCGCUGGACAACAUCAUAGCCGUGGCCACCACCAACAAUCUGUACAUAUUCCAAGAUAAACUGAACUAAAGUUCGUUGACCCACUCAGAUCCCAAUUUCUUCUUAAGCCCUUUUGCUUUCAGAUAAAUAAAAAAAAACAGCAUCCGUCUUAGGCCAAGCCCCUAAAACUUGAUCAAAUCAGUCCUUUUGAUUAUGUGAGAAGAUUUACUUUGUAAAUGGUGCCAUACAUCCAGCAAGGCCAUAAACAAAAAAGCGUCUCCGGCCCUGUCCACACGGAGAAAGUCUUAGGUGUAUCUGUAAAAGUAUUCUGUCGUUAAGGUGUUGCGUCCACAUGGAUCCGUCAUUUUUUUAAACCUGGUUAGUGAGGGAAAAUAUUUCAAAAUGCUGGUUCCAUGUUACUGUGUGUACAUGCGAAACGCAUCUUUUCUGAAGCCAUGACAUCGUAGCUCCAACCCGCAUGCCUCUAUAAUGCUGUGUUUACCUCACAUGAGUUGUCUGUGUCAGCGCCACCAAUGGGCCCGGCAUACAUACUACAGUGUUUUCACUGGUGCUUAGACUCGUGGGCGCACGUUUUCUUUUGUUUUUUUUCUACAUCGGUUUUGACACGAUACCGUUUUCGUCUCCGUGUGGACAAGGUCAUAGUUGGUUUCCUCCAUUAGGAGCACUCCAUCCAGCUUCCAUUUCUAACUCCACUACAUCCCAAACUAAAGGGAAAAAUACGCUUUAUCAUUUGUUCGUGCCAUAUUCACAUGAUUCAUUUGUGUGUUAUCGCUACUAGUUGGCUUUUUGUAGCUGUAGUGUUUCUUCUUGAUUUUGUCUUUUCUCACAAAUUUAAUUUUUGUACUGCCAUGAUACAUUAAUACAAGCUGUCAACACUCCUCUUUACCCGAUGUACUGUUUGAUUAUACAGUUAAAGGACUAAUCUGCCAUCUCAUUGUUUAGCUCUUUUUCUAAAAACUGUUGAUAAUUAUCAAAGUUAACACAAAGUACAAAUAUUUCUGAAAUCUUUUUUUUUUUUUUUUUUUUGUUUUACUUCGAAGGAGCUGCUUGUUUACAUUCAUCUCCCUUCUGUAGGGAAACCUGGGCAUGAUUUUACAUCGCUUUAACACAUCAUUUCAAGAGUUUUAGCCAUUUAAGUAUAGGAUACAUCCUAUGGACAACUUCUUCCAUUCAUUCAAGAAUACUCUUAAAGUGGUCUGUGGUUCAAGUUUAUUGCUCUCCACUCUCAUCCAAGCGUUCCCAUAUCAGUAACAGAGAGAGCCAUAUGUCCAUGGUGUUUUUAUUCACUCAGGUUAAGGGUCAGCUCUAGAAAAAAUGCGUGUAAAACCAAAGUGAAUGACAGGUUUUCUUACAGAAGUGGGUUUUUUUUUUUUUCCCACUGUAAUUCUGCUGUAGUUGAGUUUGUAGUAAAUGGAAGUAGGAGAAAUGUUCCCUUUUCUACAGUGUCAGUUUGUUGUAGUACCUGUUUUCACGUCAGCUCUCGAACUGUUUGAUUUCACUUUACCCCGGCCAGGUUUCACGUGCCUAACGGAGCAUCCUUACUCAAUGUGUUGAGUAUUGCAUGGAUAGAUGAAGCUGCAGCUCUCAACCACACAAACUGUAGAAAGUUUCACUGGAGAUGCACCAAUCUGGCUUUUCCUAUUAGCCGGUGUGACCUGCUAUUACAGAUUUUGGUUGACUUUAAUUUUGAAUUUUUUUCCCUUAGGGAAAAAGAAAUGUCCAGCAGGUUUAUUGAUAGAGGUAGUAGUUCUCAAUCCAAUCUAACAUGAAGGGCAUCACAGUACAUGCUGUUGGUUGAUGUAAUAUUUAAAACAUCUCUAAUGUUUAAUAUAAGUUUACCACUAUUUUGAUUGAAGAUCAGAUGCGAAAACAUUUUAGAAAGAAACGCUCUUCGAAGAAGUUUGGAUAUUGCUCUAACUUAUUUGAUGCGAUCUGAUGCGGUCCUCUGAAAAGCAGAUUAAAUGAAUGCAGGCCUUUUCCUAACUGUUAGGUCUUACCGAAUAGUUAAAAUAAUGCCAAUCUCACACUACCGUAAUUAGCCCGAUGGGAUUUGGCUGAUCUUGCCAAAGUAUCCAGUCUGAAGUUGAAGCUCUCUUGCAGACAAAGUGCGACCGAUCCAGCGGUUCGCCCUUGCUGUUGCAUGGGCAGCCAUGCUUAACUCAGGACGAAACCUGUGUGUUAUAGGCCAUAAUGAUGCCCUGAGCCCCAUUUGUACUCUCGUGCGGUUUGUGGCAUUAAAACGUUGUGCUGCUCCCAACUUACCUACAGUGUAUGUUGUGCUGUUGCAAAAAAUUGCUUAUCAUCUGCGUCUAGGUUUUAUUUGUAGAUUUUUCUGAUUUUUCUAUAUAUAAAACGUUUUGUACUGUACCUGAUUAAAGAAGAAUUGCGACUAUAGCUGAUUUAUUUUUGUAUAAAUUAAGGCAAUAUCAUUACAGUCUAAUCACUUUAGUUUCUUUACCCAUCUGCCUGAGGCUGACAGUACAGGCAGGUCAUUUGAAAGUCAGGUUUCCUUUUGCUUUUUAGCCAUUAUAGCAGGUAGAUACUUUAAAGGAGUGCAUCAAGUUUAAAGCGGGGUGCCCAAAGAGAAGUGUUUUCAGGUCUCAGUACCUCCUACUUGAUGAUGAGUACCAUAACUGUAUUCUUGCCAACUAGGUUUUUUCUGUCUAACUUAUUUAGAAGGUUCAGCCAGUGAGAACUUGAGUUCAUGUGAAUCUUAAUAUUCAGUUUAUGUGCCAUAGUUUUGCUUGAACAUUUUUUUUUUGUCUGAGAAAGACUACACUGAAACGGCAUUUUCAUCCUCUGAGGCUAGUCAGAUCAGUUGACUACGUCGAGUGAUGAUUGUUGAUCUAUGAUCUCUUUUCCGUUCAUGAUUCCAGCACCGCCCGGCUCCACUCCGCUCUACUCUGUCGCUCUUGAGCUCCUACCUGUACUGCAGUUUGUGGUUAAAAUCCAUGGCUUUUUAUUCUCUUCGCUACCUCAGCGAUCAUUUUGUCAUACGGUUCACCACGCUCAGAGCCAAUCAGCGAACAGCUGUCUGUUCAGGUCACGUUCUGACAAGCAGGGACCAAGAAAGCCAGUACCGGGCUGGGAAGCCAGUAAUAGAAACUGGCCGAGUGGAGUGGAGCCGGCCAAAGUAGAGCCCAUGGAAAAGGGGCAGAUUGGCUCUCCUAUACAGAAUUAUUUAAAAAGAAUAUGUGAAGCACUUCAUGUGCAGCUUGACAUUGGAGAGGAGGGUCACCAGUUUAAGCUAUAGCUCCAUGUGUUGCCUAUUCUUGCUCACAGUCAUAUUUUGUUGGAAACUUGGUGGAACUGUGGUGACACAUUUUCUGUAAACAGUCAAAAUGUCAUGAAGAAGGUACAGGUUAUCUUUUGCACUUCAUAAACAAUACAUGUAUGUCUUUAAAACAAGGCACUGAGAUUCUUCGUCCACUGGAUCAGAUCAUGUGAAAGUGAAUAUGUCACUCCGUUCUCAGUAUGAUUUUUUAUUCUUAACUACUGUUGAGUUCUAGUCUCUCAGGGUUCUGAGUUGUGUCUUUUGAUAAAGGAUAAGUUUCUAGUAUUUUUUUAUUUUGUGCAACAUUUUAUUUGUAAUGCAAAACUUUGAUUUUUUUGGUCUGUUUUUCUGGAUAAUGAACCUUUUGUAUUGCAACUCCUUUCUUCCAUUUAUUGAGCAAAUCUCCAUCUUUCCAUCUUGUUUUGAAAUAAAAAAGUGGUAUAACAUUUUAGAGCAUAAUAAUACAUAAAGGAACUGCUUAUCAAUACAAACUGGUAUUGUUUUGAAUAAUUAAUAAACAAUCAUUUUCAUUACUCUCCCUACAUUGUCUUCACACUAGCCGUCAUUCGAAGCUAUAAUAUUAACAACACAGAUGUUCACAAGAACCCUGUUGCCUUUUUUUAUAGUAUUACGAAUAAAUAAGAUUAUCAUCUACAUUUGGAAAAACCUUCUGGUGCACCCAGUUGACUGCUCAGGGGAAUCUUCUGCUGCUUUGUCCCAAACCUUACACCUGUCAAGAAAAUAGAUUUUUCAGAACUGAAACAAAAACGUUCAUAUUUUGCUGUAAAUCACCAUUUUUUUUUUUUUCCAUAAAUGACUUUGAUACACAGCCCCAGUGUUAGGUAGACUUGCCCAAUGUGCAUAUUAAUUGUGCUAGAUUGGAGUUAAAAUAUUGUAUUCACUUGCAGGAGCAUUAAAAUGUGUAUCACAAGGAUGGUAAAACAGAAUGCACUUUGUUUCUUUUCUGUGAAUUACAUUAACUUUGUUAUUUUAAGGGGAUGAAGAGUUUUGGUGAUCUGCUUGGGAAUAACUACAUAUGGUUCACUGUACAGCAUUGUUUGUAAGAUGGAAUAAGGUACAGUUUAGAUAAGAUGUAAUAAAGAAUUUCAAAUUUGAAUUCAUAAUUAAAUUACUGUACUACUUUGUUA